CCAACCUAGAGUCCGAAGAAGGACCCCCUACUACAUCCAUACACACUUCCUCGCCAUUGCUGUAUCAAUACUACCCCUCUACCCUAAUGGCACACUCCCACAUUCACAGAUCGACACCAGUCGACUUUGGCGGCCAUCUUAUACACGAGCAUGAACCGACCCAUGACGCAAUGAACGACUCUCCAAAGCGAGACCAGCGCACGCCCGCCUCCGGCAGCGUAGCGCAGAAAACGAACGGCGGCCAUGAUGGCGCCCAGUCCUCCGAGGACCAAGAAAAUGACGGGGAAGAAGCCGACAGUAGCGCGGACCAGGAUGUUGACGAAGACGAGGAAGAUCCGGACGUAAUGGCCCCGUCCUACAGUAUGGGCAAAGGCAAGGGGAAGCGCCCAGCUAUUCGUGUCGAGCCUGUUGUUGAUGAAGAGGACGACGAGGAAGAGGUUCCUCUCUGGGGGACGGGGCCCCCAGGCGGUAAGAGUCUUUUCAUCCCUGUUCUGGCUCGAGAGAAGAAGCGCACUUUCAGCAAUGUGAGCAUCAACUCUGUUCUGUUCGACUCUGAAGAGACGAAUGGUUUCCCGAGGAGGAAGAUUCCGAAGCGCUUGAGCAACAGCAGCACCAGAGGAUUGUUGACAUAUAAAGAGCCGGUGAUUGAGGCAGAAUCGGACUCUGAUGUUGUUACUGCAUUUGAGAAUGCUAUUGACAGUGGUGAUGAAGAAGCCCAGGCGGGCGCUGAAGAGCCGGGAUUUGACGACGAAGAUUAUAGCGGUGUUCUUGAAGUCAGUGAUGAUUCAGACGUCGAGGAGGAAUUAGAGCGCCAGGACGAACAGUGGCUCAUUGCCGAGGCGGAACAAAUGCCCGGUGCAUAUAGUCUCGACAGACGUUUCAGUGUGGACAGCGACGCGUUUAAUUUGCUUGAGAGCAAUCUCCUUGCAGAAGACAUUCCGGACGUUGACUUCCACGAUUUCUUCAGUCGUCCUGACACGCCUGAUGCGCCAGCUGGCCGCAAGUACUCGUCCAGCUCUACCAAACGCGUUCGGUUCGAUGAUGAUGUUCAUUUCUCCGACAGCUCAAGCUCAGAUGAUUCAGACGCGGAGGAGUCCAUGUUCCCAGAUCUCUUCAUGCCUCAAGACAAGCUCGAUCCUGACUUUCGUAUGAUGAUUGAGAACGACGAGGAUGAAGCUGGAAGUCUCGCAUCGGACGGUAGUGAGGCCUCUUACUGGUCUCUUGGUGAUGGUCAAGGUUUUGCGGUUCGCAAUUCUGCCCCUCAUCAUGCUAAUAUGGACGACGAUUCCGAUACCGAAACGGGCUCAAGCGGUUAUGAUUCUGAUUCAGGUGACACUACUGAUGAAGAAGAUUUUGAGCCGAUGCCAGUUGUACAGGCCCCGCAGUCCGUUCUUCGCCGCCCAUCGUCCUCUGCCAGCGAUAAGCCUGCCAGCCCGCAGCCUUUUCAGAGAUCUUCGAGAACCCGCUUCUCUGCACGCCAAGUCUCCUCCCGCCAAAUCUCAUCCCGUAAUUUGGCCGCUCGUCGUCCGGCCGCUGGCCAGCAUGGACCACCACGUUGCGGCGUUUUUACCCACGAGGAUUGGAGCAAGGCGAUUGCUGUCACCAACCGUACCACCGAACUAACUACCUAUUAUCGACCUCGUCGCCAAUUGACCGGUCGACAUGCCAACUAUGAUCCAAGUAGCAUGUCAAGUUCCACUAACAACAGCCCGCGCACCUCCAUUCAGGCCUUCCCUGAUGACAGUGACUACAGUGAAUUCGUUCCUCACUCAAUGGUACCGUCGGACAUAAUGCUAAGUGGCGUCUUUGGAGCUGCCCCUAACAGCAUCAUCAACUUUGGUGGACAAGUCUUCGGGCCCCCAGAGGCCUUCUACCCCUUUGUGAACUUCGAUUCGAACGGAGAAUUGAUGAUAGAUGAUGAUGACGACUCCGACUAUUCCGACGACGACGUCGACAUCACUGAUCUUGUAGACUUUGGAGACGACCCCGACGAGACUGAUGCAGCAGAGGAAAUCGACGUCCCUGCUACUCCAGCAACCUCAAUGAUCGCUUACGCUGGAUCUACUCCUGCACAGCCUUCGUCUCCUAGCCACGCUACCACACCGGUGCAGCAUCGACGAAAUGCCUCCGAUGCGAUGCUGGAACAUUUCGACCGCGCAGGUGGCGUCGUUACGGCGUUCCGCAACAACCAGAACCGGUUUCGAGACUUUGCUCGUCUACCUUUUGAUCCGAAUCAGCGAGCUUCUGCGUCGAGACCGGUUCGCUCGGGACGGUCGGCAGAUACACUCAUCUCGCCUCUGAGGAAGAAGGGAUCUAUUUCGAAGAGAAUUGCUGGACCGCCCCUGUUCAGUGGCGUUACGAAGGCGAGAAGUGAGACGCCGCAUCGGGUUGCGAGAGGUCCGUCUGCUAGGACGUUCGCUUGAAAAACCAACCUACUUGACACUCAUCCAACCUUAAUACCAUCCCACACCACUACCCACGCCACCCGGCCAUUCUCGAAAUUCGUCCUCCCGCCGGAGU